GCAAAGGUUCGUUCGAGACGACAGAGCUUGGACCGCAAAGAAGUUUUUAUAUCCCAUUUAUAAUUAGUUUUUUUGCAAAAUGAAUACUCCAGAUACUUCAAACAACUCAUUUUUAUUCACGUCGGAGUCUGUAGGCGAAGGGCAUCCAGAUAAAAUGUGUGACCAGAUAUCCGAUGCUAUUUUGGACGCUCAUCUGAAGCAAGAUCCAAAUGCAAAAGUUGCUUGUGAGAGCGUUGCUAAAACUGGAAUGAUCUGUGUCUGCGGUGAAAUCACAUCAAAAGCAUAUGUAGACUAUCAGAGGAUAGUACGAGACACUAUCAAACAGAUAGGCUAUGAUGACUCCAGUAAAGGUUUUGAUUACAAAACAUGCACCGUCCUACAAGCAAUUGAACAACAGAGUCCAGACAUUGCCCAAGGUGUCCACAUAGGAAGAGAUGAUGAAAAUGUUGGCGCCGGCGACCAGGGAUUAAUGUUUGGAUAUGCUACAGAUGAAACNNUCAAAUGUAGUGCAAUUUUCCUGUAAUAUGUUUUGCAAUGCUGUUGUUAGGCAAGUUGCUGGAUGAAUCACACCAAAACUAGCAUUUUUCAAGAGUGUCGAACAUGUGUCACAUUCAUACAAGAUAUAUUCUUGAAGUAUUGACAGAAAAAAAACGUUGAAUUUCAGACUGUAGUCCCCAAGAAGUACCUUGAUGAAGAUACAGUCUAUCAUCUCCAGCCAUCUGGCUCYUUUGUUAUCGGCGGACCACAAGGUGAUGCCGGUUUGACAGGAAGAAAGAUCAUUGUUGAUACUUAUGGUGGAUGGGGAGCUCAUGGUGGAGGUGCCUUCUCUGGUAAAGACCCAAGCAAGGUGGAUAGGUCAGCAGCAUAUGCCGCCAGAUGGAUUGCMAAGUCUCUUGUUGCAGCAAAGCUUUGUCACCGUGUUCUUGUUCAGUUGUCAUAUGCCAUUGGUGUUGCUGARCCUCUUUCAAUCUCUGUUUUUACUUAUGGUACAGGAUACAGACCAGAAGAUGAACUACUAGAGAUCAUCAAGCACAACUUUGACUUGAGACCUGGGGUUAUAAUUAGGGAUCUUGACCUCAAGAAGCCUAUCUAUCAAAGUACUUGCCUGUAUGGCCACUUUAAGGCAGGCUUUCCAUGGGAGGUACCCAAACCUCUCAAAUAUAUACGCAAACCUGAAUGGCAUGACCCAGACGUUCACAAGCAUGACAUGUUUGAAACUUAGAUCAUUUGUUAUUGUAAACUAAAAGAAAAUAGGGRCAAUAAUCGAUUAUAGGAAAUUAAACAACUACAGUAGAACAAAAUCUCCUCUUGCAGCCAUUAUUUGGCUUGUUCCCAUUGUAGUUGGGGAGAGACAUUUGAACWAGCCAAAUAAUGUCUGUUAAAAUCAACUCAUGAUUACAUUAGCUUUGCAUGAUUUAGAAUCCAAUGCAUACUCUUCUGGUUUUGGCUGGAAUUUAAACAUUUUUUUACAGAAAGCAUUUCAAUGAAAAGUUCAUGUUGUCGAGAGAUAUUGGGAAAAACAGACUUUUACACUAUGGUUUAGUUCAUUUUAAAUGGAAUAAGUCAUUGUUCUGAAACCCAGAAAUAGCCUGUGGGAGGGGUGAGAAACAGAUUUACGUGUACACAGGCUACCCAGAAAAUGAAAAAUUUCAUGUUGAGAGUAAUAGUGCCACAAAUCUUACCAUGUUUUGAAACAUAACCACAUUUUAUAUUAAAAAUUGUGAACUUAUAAUAUACUUAUACUAUWCUCAUGUUAUAUGUAUUCUUAUAAGAAUUUUGUCACUCAACAACAUUGAUAUCCUAUUGUUGGAGGAUUGGGGACCCUGUGGUAAAUGACAGGAUGGGAAAUUGGGGACAAACGUCCAUUUUCACACUAUCAAUAGUCAUAAAUUCCAGACCAAAAUCUCUUUAUUUGAAUUAAAUGAACAGAAAUGAAUGAAAA